AUGGGGUCUGAGCAUCUUCAGGCAGAGGUAAUUGUGAUGGGGUAUAGCUUCGAAUCUAUUCAGAGUUCUCCAUCCCAGGAUGGCAUUGUAGGUGUAUGGUAUGUCCACGACGUCGAAGGGAAUGGUAUUUUGUAUGAACCACGAAAAUGGAAGCUUAAAGGGCAAUCAAUUGUGAACAAGGAGCUAAUUGUAGAUUUUACAGAAAACUUCAAAUCAGAAAACGUGGUUGAAUGUGGUGCUUUUGGCUAUGUUUACAAGGGGAAACUGCCUGAUGGAAAUGUGAUUGCUGUCAAAAGGCUUACAGCAACAUCACGUCAAGAUACAAAGACGGGGGAAGCACUCAAUUUGUCUAAGCGCCUCCAUAUAAUUGAAGGCGUAGCUCAGGGUCUUGUUUAUCUGCAUGAGCACUCACACCAGUGUGUUGUCCACAUGGAUCUGAAAGCAAGUAAUAUCCUCCUGGAUUAUGAAAUGAAACCAAAGAUCUCUGAUUUUGGUAUGGCUAGAAUAUUAGCUUCUAGUGGAACUGAAGUGACUUCAGACAUUGUCAAAGGCACACAUGGUUAUAUAGAUCCCGAAUAUGCUAGGUCUGGGAAUUCUCAGUAA